CAUUUACCUUCAUUCCUUCCCACGCCAUUCCAAGCCACCACACGGAGAAAAUGUCUAAGGUCAUCGCACUUUGUGUAAUAACCCUCCUAUUUCUAACGUUGUCCCAUACCUGUGCCCGACCAGAGCCAACAUUUCAUGACAUCACUCCCAUGGAAACUCAUAAAGAGGACCAUGAAGAACAUAUGACAGAUAUGGAUCAAAAGAGCUGUGAUGGAAUUGGAGAAGAUGAAUGCAUGAUGAGAAGAACCCUUGAAGCUCAUCUUGAUUAUAUCUAUACGCAGAAACAAAACCAACCAUAAGAUUUUCUUUCUUCUUUUCGACGAGUUAUACAUACAUAUACACGUGCGCACGUGCACAUAUAUAUGUACGUAUAACAUAUGCUUGAUCUGUUGUGCCAUAAGUAUUUCUAUUUAAAUUAUAUUUAUCAGAGUAUCUAUCAGCUGUGAAUUAUUUGCCAUUAUAUGCCCCGCGCUAUAUACGAAUAUAUCUAUAAAUAUUUCAUCAGCGCAUUCAUUGUGUUUC